AUGGGAAUGUGCGUGGCAUGUGUCGUUGAGUAUGGCAGCCGACAGAGGCGAAAGUGGUGCCCCGUGUGGUCCGCAUCGUUCUGGACGAUCCACAAUGGGCGAUGGUUCGGUCAUCUCGGUGUCGAGGUUUGUCUGCGUAUCGUUCGGCUUCGCUUCAUCCAGCAGAACUGCGUUGCCACUGUUACCAUCACGUCCAGCCUCUCUCGCUGUAGUAUCCUGACGCCGCAGGCGCAAGCGAUCCUGGAGCAGGAUGAACUGGACGAUGGGCAGAUCAUUGUCGGACCGGAUGAAGCGCGGCAGUGA